GCCUGGAGCGGCCUCGUGCUUGCGCGGGCCAGUGCUCUCACGAUCCGCCCGGGCGUCUCCCAGCGCGGCGCCUCUGCUGCCUGGAGACGGCCGCCGUCGAGGAAGAGAAGCAUCGGAGCGAACAUCGUGCGGAUCUCCGGGGUCGGCGCCCGGUCUCUCCCUUCGGCGCCUCCAGCGCCGCCCCUGAAGGGGGCGCUGCCGUGCGAGGCGAGGCAGGCCGAAGCAGCCGCUCGGAGAGCCCGCGGCCCCCCACGGCGGCCGUCGAGGUGCAGUGGGCCGAGAAGCGGGGCGCCCUGGCGCACGGCCCAGGAGGCGGCAGCGGUGCGGCGGAGCCGGCG